AUGUUCUUGGAGAACGACAUCCAAGAUCUGCAGGAGAUGCUGUGCGUGUCCGACAACUCCAAGGCGGCGGCCCUCUUCGUCGAGCGCGUUUGGCAGGCGCUGGGUGUCCUCGCGCAAGCCUUCUCCUUGGAGAGCCCCUGCUACCAGGACGACGAGACACCGGCGUCGGCCAAGACGUUCCCGGAGGAGACGGCUUCGGCGGGCAUCGACGAGUGGACGACCCCCUCCCCGCUCCGCAAAAUCGAGCGCAAGGGCAAGCCCAGCCUGGUCGACUGCUCCAAGAACACCACUCCGAUGGACCCACCGACGGCCCCCAACGGCGUCACCAAAAGUGUCCCGGCUCUCACGCCGGCGGCGACCGGCGGCGCGCUGCUGCCGUCGAGCGAGGAGUUUCCGGACACCACCUGCUACCCGGGCCUGCCCACGCCGAUGGCGGCGGGGAAGAGCGGGCCCGCGUCGGCCCGCAGCGGCUCCGGACCGGGCUACGUGGACGGCGUCGAGGCUGCAGUCCGCCGGCUGGGCGAGAGCGUCAGCUACCAGGCUGCGCCCGCCGACGGCGAGAAGUCGCCGUCGCCGGGAGUCCCCACCUCCGGCGGCAUUGCGCCCGUGGCGCCCAAGCCCCUGAGCGCGGUCGCGGGCGCGGGGCAGGCUGAGGCCGAGGCCGCCAAGGAGCGCGAGCACUGGGAGGGGCGGCUCAAGAAGGCGAAGGCCGCGCUCGAUCUCAUUGCCGAGCAACGGGAGAAGUGGGCGGACUUGCAGUCGCGGCGCUCGGGGAAGUGCCGGCGCAAGGCCAUGCGCUGCCGCAACAACCCCAAGUUUGGCAAGGCAAAGGGCAGGCGCAAGUCUGGCAAGGCAAAGGGCCGCGGCCGCCGCCCGAACUGGCGCCGCGAGCCGCAGACCACGUCCGGCAAGGCGCCAUUCGCCGCUGGCACGUGCGGCGCCGGCGCUGGCACGUGCGGCGCCGGCGCUGGCACGUGCGGCGCCGUCGCUGGCACAUGCGGCGCCGGCGGUCGCGCCGCCCUCAAGGCGGCGGCCAACUGCGUGCAGGGCGGCUACACGAAGGCCGAGGGCGCCUUCCGGUGGCUGCUCCUCGUCUGCAUGCCCGCCUUUGGCCACUGCGCGUCCGCCGUGCCUAGCCCGACGGCGGUGGCCUCGGCCUUCUCGUCUGCCGUCGCCUCGGCUGCGUCCUCGGCCUUCUCAUCCGGCGUCGCCUCGGCUGCGUCCUCGGCCUUCUCAUCCGGCGUCGCCUCGGCUGCGUCCUCGGCCUUCUCAUCCGGCGUCGCCUCGGCUGCGUCCUCGGCCUUCUCAUCCGGCGUCGCCUCGGCUGCGUCCUCGGCCUUCUCAUCCGGCGUCGCCUCGGCUGCGUCCUCGGCCUUCUCAUCCGGCGUCGCCUCGGCUGCGUCCUCGGCCUUCUCGCCCGCCGUCGCCGCGUCCUCGCUCGUGAGCUGCUCGCCGCUUCUCAUGCCCACCCUCGUGCUCAUCCUCCUCGCCAUCGCCUGCGGCGCCUCCUGGCCGACCGCGGCGAGCGGAAAGGGGGCUCGCGGCGCGGCGCAUAGCUGCUUGGUCCUGCUUUGCGCCUUUGAUAUGCUUUCUCCUUGCGAGGCUCAGUUUUCGCCACGAGCUUUUCAGCGCGGGUUUCCGGGUACGGAUGGGCGACAUUACGCUAGUCGUUACGCCUUUGCCGCGGUCAAGGCGGACGGUGCCGUCACCGCGUGGGCAUGCUCUUC